ACUUUAGCUUAUUAUUUAGCAAAACAUGAUGCUACCUGCCCUGGCGAAAAAUGUAUGCCUAUCUUCUGCAAGGCAGCAAAAGCUACCAAUGUUAGCAAGCAUGGUCGGCACUCGUACAGCAUGGCUCAAGGAAUAUCAUAAUGGAGGAGAUAAAAAGAUGCGACUGUCUUCAUUUCCAUUAACUACCAUUUGUCAAGAAGUAAACAACCAAAAGCUGUUAAUUGAGGAACUUGAGAAGCAAGAGAAAGCCUUUUUAUCUUGUGGUAACACUACGUAUUCAUUACGGUUGAUCAAUCAGCUUUAUAAUGUGAGCAAUGAGAUCUGUUCUUUGAAAAAGGAUUUGAAAAAGCUGGAGAGCAAAAAGAAGGAAAUACUUAACAAGUUUGAGUUCUGUGUGCAAGAUACGCAUAAGAUAAAGUUUUGUUUGGUGGAUGUGCUACAGCCAGCAAUUUUAGAAGUGCCUCUACCUUGAAAUUGUAUAUUUACCGAUCGUCG